UCAAUUGUCAAUGUUGCUUUGCUUGUUUUCUGUUUGUUUGUCCGUCUUUUUACGUUAAAAACUGUGAUUGUUCAAGAUAUCAUUGUUGGGAUUACGUGAAGAAUCAUAAUUGUUAAAUUAAACACAAUAUUAAACUACACUGCAGAAUAUAAAGAGGUCCAUUCUAUUGUUUUCGUGAUCUCCAAUCUCAACGGUGGAAGUGAUAGCAAGAUGGCCUCGUCCACUGGUCAAACAUUUGUUUGUAUGGUGAAACAUCGAAUAAAUAUCGUAGUGAACAGUUUGUUAUGCUUCAGAUAGGAUAUUAGUCAACCGAGCCUUAACUCCAUAAGUAUAGAAAUAGCAUGGAUGAUCAACCAAUGAUGGAACCUGUGACUCCCGCGCAUUAUCGAAAUGCCAGUUAUUGGAGAACAGACGACAGCGGUUACCACACUUCGUUUACACCUGGCUCUCUAGAAUGCUCUGAAAUAUCAAACGAAAACCUUGACCCUACUUUGGGAAAAUGCUACAGAAACGAAGAUUUAGAGGGAAGCAGCAGCACAGGGGGCGGGAGUGGGCCCCGCGCGAGCCGCCGCGGCCGUCGCAGCCGGCGCCCAGCGCACCACUACGACACCCUGCUUGAGUCUCCCAGACGCCGUGGAGUCAAACGAACCUACCAGGAGGACACAGAUGUUACUGACACUAGUCUAUGCUCAGCCCCAACACCUACUAGUGUAAUUGCUGGAGGAAUACAAAGGCUGAAAGUAAAUGAUUCAGUCUUAUCCCCAAUCACUUCUGAAUAUAAUAAUGACUGUCGAUCUACUCACUUGUAUACACUUGAAGCUACAUCUUACCCAUUGUCCUACCCAACUACCCCUGUGAAGAAGAUAUGUAUAGCUGGUGUUAAGACUAGUCCUAUGAGCUAUGCUGACAGUCUUCAGUCUAGUCCUCUAAGAACAAUCAAUAACUUAAGCUGCCCACCGAGGAGAUCAGCCAAGAAGCUUCACUUUGCCAACCCAGUGUCCUGUGAAGCUCAGAUUACUUACAAGCCCAAGCUCCUGUCAAAGGUGGUGAGAACUAUAUUCAGGCCGGAGCAAAAAGUUGACAUUAUAAAAAUGCUUUACCAUAAAGUGUGCACCAUGCCGGCAAUCAACAAGAUAUUGAGCUAUUUGUCAAAUGAAGACAUUUACAACUUCAGUUUAGUCAGCCCCAUUUGGCAUCAAGUGUGUGAAGAAAAUGCCAAGUCUAAGAAGAGAGAAUAUGUAGAGUUCAUUACAAACACUAAAGAAAACCAUGAGAACAGAAACAAAAACAGAGGAAAUGAUGUUUGUAAAAAUGUAGACAGCAAAGGAGGGUCUCUAAAAGAUAUUUAUAACAUUGUAAAUUCAAGGAUUGCCAAGAACUCCCCCACAAGAAGCCCACCAACAACCCCCAAAACUAGAAGAUUUAAAACUUUUACAAAGUCAGCAUCUUUGGAUUCUCGCAUUCAGCUGUCCUGUGUCCGCUGCCGCCAGCCUGCCAAGGUGACUGAGGAGCCGUCGGGCGAGGAGUGGGCCCAGUGCAGCAGCCUCAGCUGUGCCUACCAGUUCUGCCGUUUCUGUAAGUGUGACCGACAUCCCAACAAGGUAUGCUUUCGGUAUGAUCUAGAUGGGCCUAGUCCAUCUAAGAGAAAGAAAAAAAUUACAGCUGUUGGCACUAAGAAAAGUAAAAAAAACCUACGUAGACUUCUUGACUAAACCCAGUGAUGUACUUUACUGCAUUCCAUGUCCCAAAGAUAAUAUUAUGAUGAUUUUAUCAUUAUAGACUGGCUUAUGAGAUUAUUGUGAAUGAGAUUCCCAGUGUCUGAUAGAGUGCCAUUGUUAUUAUAAGUAUGGUAAUUUUAACCCAAUGAAAGUUUCACAAUUUUAUCUGCCUGUAUUAUGUUAUGUUGUAAAUAUUUUGUCAUGAUACUGAAUUCAUUACUUUCUAACUUUCACUUUAUUUGUAAUCAGCAGCUCAAGUAAGUUGCUAAAUAAUUCAAACCCUUAUGUUUAUGGACAUUUUAAUAUUUGUUGCGUGUUGAGUUGGUCUAUUAGUAUUCCUUUUUACAUGAAUAGCUAUAUUCAUUUUCCAGUCACAAUUUUAAUUUCGAUUAAAAACAUUCCAGUCAUUUAUUGUAAUCCGAUUUUAGAUUAAGAUCUUGUAUAUAAGUUUUUGCUUUUAUUUUAUUUUAAGUUUUGCCAUUUGCUCCUGAACAAAAUUUGAACUUAUUUUGAAUAUUUCACAAAUUUCAGAAUUGAAUCUCUUUUAAGUAUGUCUAGUUUCGACUAGUAAUAUUAAAUUAAACGACAUAGGUACAUAGUUAAUUUCACUUUUUAAUUAUAUCAUGACAUUGGUUCAGGUACAGGAUCUCCUUGCCCACUGGUUAGUUUAAUUUAAAUUAAAUAUUAGCUCUCUAAUGACGUAAUGACAAUAAUAGAAGUGCUCAAAGCUGAAUUUAAGUAAACGCGCAUUUAAUAAAAACCUCUGAGUAUGUACUCGUGCAAAAAGACUGCUGUUUUACACAUCACUAUUUCUAAGUUAAUCAUAAAACACGAAUUUUACAGUAGAUGGUCAGAUGUUAUGACAUAAAUGUGAGAGGAAAGUAUGAGAUAUUUUAACCGGAUUCACAUAUGGUUUGUGUUCUAGUCUCUGAAGUAUUUGUAAACUGUUUACUAAUGUUCAAUGACAAUCAUUAUGUCAGUAUUUGUUGGGAAUUUUGGAGACAGUUCUUUUCAUUGAUGUUGUUUUAAUAUUAUUAAAUCACUUUCCGAAGUUCUCAAAUGCGUUGAACAUAAUUAAUAAUAGCUGGUCUAAAACAAAUAUUUUAAUUAUUGCAACGUAAGCCAUAAAAGUACAAUAAUUUUACUGUCGUCUUAUAUGAUAUUAUAAUUUAAUUUACUCGAAUUAAUAAUUAUAUUUUAAUUAAACUUUUAAGAUUUUACUAUUAUGUGUUUGUGAAUGUUGUCCUCAUUUAGAAUAUCUAGUGUAGUAUCAGUAUCACAACGGCGGGACCAAUAGUCAAACAACAUGUUUGUAUAAUUCUAUUCAUAAUUUUAGUGUCGUUUUUUUUGUCUUCUUUACCUUUACCGUCACUUAUUUGUAAUUAUUCAAAAGAAAAUUAGAAGAACUGCCGUACCAUACCUUUUGUAAAUUAGCAUUUUGACCAUAACGUUUUGUUUGAUUAUUAAUAGAAAGAACUAUACGAAUUUCGUGGUAAAAAAGACUCUGUUAGUAUAAUGAUCAAUAGAGCAGAAUUGCUAAAGAAAGAUCAAGAAGUGUACUGCUACUAGCAUUUUUUUUGUCAUGAAAUUCCGUAUUUAUAAAUAGCAUACUAAGUAUGUAUGCACUUGGUACUGGUGCAGUUUAAUGAUUCUAUGGGAACAUUGUGCUAUUUUAUUUUAUCACGACAUUUUAGAAUUCAUUAAAUAAAUAUUUUGAUAUGAAAAUA